AUGGCGGAAAAUUCCGCGCAAGCCACUCCUCCGGCGCUUGUGGCGGAAGCUACAGUGGUGAAUUCUGUCUUCGCCGCGUGGGGGAGCGGGCCCGCGCCAGCUGCGGCAGCGGCUGUUGCGCCUGAAGCGCCUGUAGAGGCUGUAGCCCCUGUAGCCCCCGAAGAGCCUCCAGCCCCUGUAGCGCGGACGCCGCCACUGCGCACGCCGACGCCGGACGUCACCUACUCGCUGCCUCACGCCGUCGUGGCGACUCGUGCGCGCGCCGCAACGGUGCGCCUGCGAUGCGGGCGGCGAAUUGCGUAUCUGGAGAAAGGGAUGGGCGCAGCACAGGCGACGCGGACGCUGCUGGUGCUGCAUGGCCUGGGAUCGUCGCGACUCGCCAACAUGCCAGGAGUGACGGACGAGCUUCUGUGCUCUUUCGGUGUCCGGCUGGUGGCCAUCGAUCGCCCAGGGUACGGCCAGUCCGACCCUGCGCCAGCCCUCUCGCUGCACUCCUUCUGUGCGGACCUUGAGGAGCUGGCGGAUCUGCUCUCGCUGGGGCACAACAGGAGGAGCGUACUGCUGGGCGGCAGCGCACUACAUUCCCCACCGCAUCCUGGGAAUCGCCAUGUGGGGCGCCCCUUCAGCUCAUUCUACUGGCAGGGAAUAUCAGAGCAGGAUAGGGAGGCCAUGUUCGCCGGCAUGACGCCCCACUCCCGCCGCUCCCUCCGUCUCGGCCGCUACGCCCCUCUCUGGCUCAUCCGCCUCUUCAUUCGCAACUUCAUCGUUCCCUUCUCUGCGCUGCAGCACAGCCUCUCACACGCCGACCGCCAGUACCUGCUGCGCGCGCAGGGCGCACAGGCGCUGCUGAACGACAAUAUCGAGUCGCUCCUUAUGGGAGCGGCAUGGCGAGGGCAUGGCCAAGGACGUUGA